GGUUCAAGUCAUAUGACAGGAAAAUGGCAGCGGCCUACCAGUCUACGUUGGUUGUGUUGUUGUUGUCAUUUCUUUCGACAACACUGUCUCUGAAGGAUAACGGUCCUAAAACCGUUUACGUGAUUUUAGAUGAUGCAACACAGACAUUCAAGUUCUCCGAGAAUGUGGAAAAUAAAUAUGUCGUGUCGGCAAACUACGUGGAUUCUAUGAAUGCGACCGGAUGGUCCUUCCUGGAUAUUGCAGCUUCAAGUGACGUGGCCUACAAUGAUUCUGUGCGGGCUUAUGCAGCCGGUCUGGCCGAGAGUUACUUGACACGAGAGUCCAUCAACCUCCAGUGGCAGAACACCAUCGCUGGCUACUGUGAGAAGCCUUACAGUGACUACUGUCAACGUCUCGAGGGUUUCCUCAAUGCCAACCUGCUUUGGGUCAAGGAACAGAUCAGGAAGAACAGGAACAACCCAUACUGGCAUCACGUUGCGUUGUUCUAUGAACAGCUAGCUGGUCUUCAGGAUGGCUACUCCAAAAGUGUUCGACAAGUCAACAUGGACAUAGAGUUAUUUGGCCUAUAUGCCUUCCAAUAUGGUGGUGACCUCGAGGAUCUGGAGGAGGUCCUCCACAAGCCUGUCCCUCGACGUAUCCUCGGCUCCGGGUCGUGUUCAGCACUUGUCAAGGUGCUGCCCGGGAAUGAGGAGAUCUUUGUAGCUCAGGACACAUGGACGUCCUUCCAGAACAUGCUGAGGAUCCUGAAGAGAUACAAACUUGGGUUUACAGCAUCCGGACAUCAGGAUGUUCUGGCCCCAGGGGACACGAUGACGUUCUCCUCCUACCCUGGCAGCAUCAUGUCCGGCGACGACUACUACCACCUGUCAUCUGAUAUGGUUUCCAUGGAAACUACAAUAGGAAACAGCAACAACGACCUAUGGCAAUAUGUGACCCCCCAGUCAGUUCUGGAAGGUGUCCGGUCCCUGGUUGCGAACCGACUGGCAACAUCAGGAGUGGAAUGGGCGUAUUACUUCUCCCAAGAAAACAGUGGAACGUACAACAACAUGUGGAUGAUUGUCGAUAUGAAGAGGUUUUCACCAAGGAGCCAAUCACUGAACUCGGGUCUGCUGACUGUCCUGGAACAAAUACCGAAUAUGAUCAAGUACGCUGACUUGACUUCUUUGCUGGAAAAAAAAGGCUAUUUUGCAAGUUACAAUGUUGCAUACUUCCCUGAAAUCUUCAAUGCAAGCGGUGGCCCCGAGAAUGUGAAGAAGUAUGGGGACUGGUUCAGUUACGACCACACCGCCCGCGCCAACAUCUUCCGCCGCGACCAUUCCAAGGUCAAGGACAUGGACUCCAUGAUGAAACUCAUGAGAUACAAUGACUUCACCCACGACCCUCUCUCUCGCUGUAACUGUACGCCGCCAUACAGCGCCGAGAACGCCAUCUCCGCCCGCUCAGACCUCAACCCCAAGAAUGGGAAAUACCCCUUUUCAUCUCUGGGUCAUCGGUCACACGGUGGCAUUGAUGCCAAGAUAACCUCCUACACUAACUUCAUGCAACUGGAGAAGACGUUUAUUGCUGUUGCCGGACCAACUUAUGACCAGUUGUCUCCCUUCCAGUGGAGCAAGGCCGACUUUGCCAGUGAAUGUCCACAUUAUGGUCACCCUGACCUGUUUCGCUUCACCCCCAUGAUGUACAAUGGAACAAUCCCGGACCUGAAAUGGACUGCUCCAUAACCAGGUGUUGCAACAACAUAAAAAAAAGCAGAGGACUUCAGUUAAUGUUUUUCUGCAUAUCAUCGCAUGAAUUUUCUUUUUACAACCUAUUAUUUGAUUGAUAUAUCUUUUAAUGUCACACAUUUACCAGUGUGCCUCCACAAAUGCAAAAAUGAUAUUUUUGGUAUGGCGUGAGAGUAUGUAAAAAAUAUGAUUUAUUUAUAUUUAACAUAUUUGAAAAUAUCUUAAUAAAGUCGCUAUUUAUACUCAUGUGUAUAUCCCCUACUUAAACUGUGGUCUCUUAAAAAAACAUACCUCAGACAAUAGUCUCUGUUUAUACUUAAAUGUAUUUUUCUCCCAAUUAAACUGUGAUCUCUUAAAUACGGUAACAUACACUUAAACAAUUAAACUUGUGUGGUGCCAUUUGCGAGUACAUAUGUGUCAUUCAAGGUGCAGUUCCGUUACCAUGGUAACUGCUUUGUCCUCAUGUAGCUUCUGUACACAACAUUCCAUUGUAUUAAUUCAGGAUCUGUAAAACAAGCGACUGAUGAACAGGUGAUGUCAUGAUUAUUGUUGCUAUUAUAUCAUGUCUAUUGAUUUGGAUAUCUUGUUGCUGUUUGCUUGUAGUGAUGGGUCACUUUUAGACCACCUUUGGGCAGGGGUGAAAUGAUACAUCAGUGUACCACUACAUCGUAAAUUUCUGUCAACUAUACGAUACACGGUACGUUUUCCUUAGUAUCGAUACAGGGCUAUGCAGCUGCUAAAAUAUAUUACUUUAUACUCGUUUAAUGACAGCUAGCCUUUCCUUAAGAACUUGCUCAGAAAUAUUUAUUGUCAAGAAGUUUCCACUCAUUUUGAUGUAAAUAUGCAUAUUUUGAUAUGUAUCGUAUUGUUACCGAUGUAUCGAGAAGUAUGGUAUCAUGACCUUGCUGUAUCGUUUGACCCCUACCUCCGGGCAUCCUAUUACAGUGUGACAGGUUGCCUGUCAGUCGGAAACAUAGGUGCCUGUGUCAAUUCUAGUUUUGCUUGAAUGAUUGUUUAAAAAUAAAUCUAUGAAUGGUAAAACAUGUAUACAUAUCAUUUAGAACAUGAUAUAUUUUUAUGAAUCACAUCUGUGACUUUUGUCAAAAUGUAACCUUACCUUGACUACCUCCCUUGGGUCAAGACUCAAUAUUUGAUAUUUAAACUGAAAAUUCAGAGUAGUGAAAUCUCAAUCUCAUUAAAAUAGAUGUUUUACUCCAGUUUGAUACGUUUCUCUAUCCAGACAUUAUUGUCCAUAUGAUCUGCCAAAUUACUUCCCUUGGUUCAAGGCUGUAGGUUAAUGUUUUCAACAUCUUUUUUAGUGUAACAUGAGAUAUGAGUGUUUCUGUCCUAUGUCUGUGGCAAGCCAUCCCAGCCAUUGUCACAAACUCUUAGUCAGCGAUUUGUACUGCGUACUAUGAAUAGAAAAUGUCAUUAUUUCAUUUUGUAAAAUACAAUGAGAUCAUUACAUGCACAAUAAAACUAUUUUCUCCAAA